AUGAUCGGAUUGGUUCAUUACGACGUCAAACUUUCCAAUUUUCUGCUCCACGAAACGCCCCAGCGCGGCGCCACGUAUUCUCUCCCGUGGGGCCGAUACUCGACUCCCGCGGUGAACGGGCGGGAAUGGCUGGUGAAGCUGAGCGACUUCGGAACCGCGGAAAUUUCGCAAAACGGGGAAAUCAGCGUCGGCCAGUUCACAACGCUCGAAAACACGCCGAUUUUUUGCCUGCUGGAGUCGAAGCCGCCGCGCGGCGCGCACUGCGAUCGCUGGGGCCUCGGGCUGAGCCUGCUCCACCUCCUCACCGGCCAGGUUCCGUCGUGGUGA